AUGUUUUCCAAAACACGCUGUUCUCUCAAUAAUCAAAUCCACGCAACGUUUACCCGUCGUUCAUCUUCAAUUUGGUUCGGUAAUUCGAAUUUGGUCGAUAAUCAUCUCAUCCAUCUAAGAAAACUUAAUCUUCAAAACUUUUUUCCGCACUCCACGAAAGCCGUCACCGUAAAAGACCCCGAAAACGCGACAGACUUGAAGAAUGCGCGAUUGGUUUUCGAAGGUCCAAACUAUAGGGUUGUGAGACUCUUGAAAUUUUUCUCGAUAUCUGCUCUAGGGUUCGCAAUAGCGAUUACUCCUCUUGGCGUACUAAGCCUGAAUAAUCCCGAACUUCAAGGAACUGGCAUAAAUGGCACAACCCUUGCGUUAGCUUUGAUGGCCAGCACGGCAUCAACGGUUGGAAUACACUAUUUUUUCUCUGCCUACGUGAGGAAGCUCUAUCUUCACAAACCGCCCAACAUCUCCACGUUGACCCCAAUGGCCAUUACUCCUUACACGAAAAUCACCAUGGAGACGCAUUCGCUUUUCGCUCGAACUCGUCUCACAACUUUACAGUUAAAGGAUCUGUUACCCGUGUUAGGUAAGAGGACGAUCACGUGGAAAGUCAAGAAAAGCUACCUGAACAAUUGCAUAAAGGCGGGUGUCGUUCCACCUCGUCAAAAAAGAUUUUGGCUAGAUGUUGAAAGUGCCAAGACUGAUGAUGUCGAUAUUGUAAAAGAUAUGAUCAAGGUGGUUAAAGAAGAUAAUAUUGUAAACAACUUGAUAUGA